AUGACGGAUGCUGCCCAUAUGUUAUCCGAUUUUGCCAGUUUUUUAAUUAGUUUAUUAGCGAUCUACCUGUCGGAAAAAAGGCCGACGAGGAGAAUGUCGUUUGGCUAUUACCGAGCAGAGGUACUAGGUGCUUUAUUAUCGGUCAUUAUCAUUUGGAUUAUGACUGGAAUAUUAGUUUAUGCUGCUGUCCAUCGUUUAAUGUCUGAUGAAACAAAUAUCGAUGCUGAUGUUAUGAUUAUAACAGCUGUCAGAUCUACAGCAUUUCGACUAUUUGAGUUGUACAGUAAAAUAUUACAUCAGGGUGGACAUGGCCAUUCCCAUGGGCAUGGCCAUUCCCAUGGACAUUCUCACGGCGAUAAAAAAAAUAUUAACGUUAGAGCCGCUUUUAUCCACGUUAUUGGAGAUUUUGUACAAAGUAUUGGAGUCUUAAUAGCUGCUUAUGUCAUUAAAUAUGUUGUAAGUUGA